UUAUACCACCACAGCAAUAUUGAUCACUAAUGACACAAAUCGCGAGUUUUCCUCAUAUCGUGCAGCCCUAUCCCUAACCCAACUUUUCUCAAUGUAUUUAUACUCAAAGUGCAUCAUAGACAAACUUAUUCCAUUGGACAUUUGUUUUAAAACAUCUGGAAGUAGGUUCUUCCAACAACUGCAUUUUCUGCAUCAAAAUUCCAGCUAAUAGAAAAAGAUUAGUAAUUACUUUAUCAAGCCAUACCUAGAGCUUAAAGCUGCAAUAGCUGUAGGCUUCAAUGCAGUUUGUUGGCAUAAGGAGGGAAACUUGGCUUACAAUUAAUGUGUUAAGAUCACAGAGCUUCCUUACCUGUACCUCAGGUAAGAACAGCAAAGCUCCUCCCCCUGAAACCAGCUGCUAUUAGCACCUCUGUAAACAGCAACAAUUAGAAAAUAGAAAGCCGUUCAGUGCAGUUAAUAAUGCCUUAAAAUGAAGGUUCCUUUAAGUUAAAUGUGAAAAACACCAAGCAAUCCCUUCAGGUAGACGCUGCUUCCUUUUUUACGUUUUAAUCUUUUUAUUUAAUUGUUUUUCAGUCAGGAAGCAUCCAAAUGUUUGCAGUCCUAGAAAGCUUUCAAAGGUGCUUCAAUAAAUAAAUGAAAUUGUUUGUUUAAUCCUCUUAGAAUCCAGACUUAACUUUUUAUAAAGUAAAAUAUAACAAAAGUUUCAUAAUUGGAUUUUAUGAAGUGUUUCAUGGGUUUUUUUAAGCAGCAUAUUUUUUCACAGAUGAUUUCAGCCUCUGAACUCUGACCUAUAAAAGGUUUGAGCAGAAAAGAUCGACUGAGAUGUUUGAGAAAUUUCUGCACAACCUGAGAAAAAGAAGACAUAAGACCCAAAAGAACCCCUGGUUAAGACCUUUUUUUAAAAUACAGCAAAGUCUGAUUUUUUUUUAUGAUAAUAUGAUACAUGAAUGAGACUUUAGCAUAAUUAUAUCUUCUAUUGGAUUCAGAAGAAAGACUAAAUGCCCAGAAUGUGACAUUUUAGCCUCUUAUUAAUGUCUUUAGUUUGUUUUUUGUUGGUUUCAGUUGCUUCUGGAGUAAUUAAACCUGUUUUAAGCUUUUAUUAACAAAAACAGGAUCUGGAAAAGGACUCAACUUCGUUUUCUCCCCCUAUUCUUUGCGCUCUUCCUCUUCUCACAGAUCCAGAUGCUGUGUUGGCAUCUGGAUCAGGGCUGCUCCGGUCACGUGGUAAAAGCAGAAAGAGAGAGAGAAAGAAGAAGAUGCGUUCACAGACCCUCGAAAAUCCUGUUGAUCCUCCAAAGGGUGGGAGGAAAGCUUAAAUGCUUUUUUUUUACACAAAAUUUUUAUGAUAUUCAUUUAUUUACAAAACUUUUUUUAAAAGCUUGUUUUUGACACAAACCCACACACCUGAAAUACACAAACCCAUUUGUGUGAAAUUUCAUUUAAUUUUAUUAUAUUUUAUUCGUAUUUAUUUAUAUUUAUAAGUUGGUUAUUUUGUACAACAACAACAGCUAAAAAAAAAAAUCGAGACAGAGUUAAAGAUGUGAAGUCCACUUUUCGUUGCGCCCCUGAACGCAACAGCUUCGUCUCGCCUCGCACAGACUCAUCAGAUCUUCUCUUCUGGUAGGUUUGAGCAAUUUCCUUUAAAUUAUGGAGAACCUUUCUGUGUGUGCGUGUUUUUAGGAGAACUUUUACGUUUCUAAAAGAUGUAUGAUCCGUUUGGGGGAGUAAGAGGUGUGUUAGUGAUGCUGGGGCUUAGAGAAGCUCCUGGAGACCCUCAUUAAGGAAAAACAAACAAACAGAGAUCUUUCAUUUGCUUUGCGUGCAGUAUAUUUUUAUUAAAGAAUUUAAUAAGACUCACCAACCUUUUGCAUUUGUUUUAUUAAAGUUUUAAUGCAUCACCUUUGUGGACAGUAAAUGAGGACCAGUCACCUCCUCUUGCAUCUUUGAUUCAUUUGGGAGGAAUUUACAAACAUCUGUUCCAACACUUCAGCAGAGCAUUACUGUGUGACAAAUAAGUGUUUUUCCCACUGGAUUCAUAAUUUAAUCUGCAUAGAAAUGGGGUCAGUAUAGAACUUUGAGAUACUCCAAAUAUAGAAAGAAAAAAGGGAUUUAACGUCCAUGUGGCUCUAAUGCUUUUGUGUAGCUCAGCAUUUUUUUAACUUCUUGUAUGUUGUUUUUUUUUUUUCCAGGUUGCUGAAGAUGGAAAAAAAAAGCUAAAUGGGGGGGAAUCCUAGCUCAUGGUGGGCUGAAUUCUUUCAAAGCAGAGAUGACUGUAACUUGCGUGUCUGAGCUGUGAGGAAGCAGCUGGGGGAAUUUUUCUAGACCGGGACAGAGAAUAAGGUCUGCAGAGCCAAGAGAAAUGAGCCAAAGCUUCAGGCAGCAACUCCCUCUGCUGUCUGAAGAUGCAUCUCUGCCAGGUUUGUAGCUCAGGUCGGUGUCCUCCAAACACGCUCAGGAAGGUGAUGACGAUGAGGAGGGUCUGUCAUGUGAAAGGAGAUGUGGCGUGCACGCUGGUGCUGCUGGCGCUCCUCUGUCUGCUGCUCUACACUCGCCAGGUCAUCCUCCCGUCCAGGUGGAGCGCGCCCGUGUGGAAGCUGGAGAUCCACGCCUCCACCAGCUCCAGCAGGACUCUGUUGGGGGCCAGCGGGGCUAAAACGGUCACAGAGUCUCGAGGGCUGCCUUUCUGUAAGCCGGAUCUCAGCUCUGCAUCCCUGCAAACCAAAUCCAAACACAAGAUCAAGGCCCAAAGAAAGAAAGCUGCGUCAACCAAUCCUGCGAGGGUCCAGCCCACCCUGCCGCUCUUUGACUUUCAGACUUACCUGAGAAAGAAGGACAUGAGACGUUUCAAGCUGCUCAUAGACCAGCCUCAGAAAUGUCACACGGGAGGAGACGGCGAGGACGACUUCCCCUACAUGCUCAUCGCAGUGAAAUCCACAGCUGCAGAUUUUGAUAAACGGCAGGUGGUGCGUCGGACGUGGGGUAAGGAGGGACGAUAUGACCCCGGUGUGUCCAUCCGUACCGUCUUCUUGCUGGGUGUUCCCGGGAGUCGCACCGCCCUGCCUCUCUGGGAUCGGCUCCUGGCCUACGAGAGCCAAACCUUUAGUGACGUCCUGCUGUGGGAUUUUGAGGACACCUUCUUCAACCUGACGCUGAAGGAAACCCAUUUUCUGGAAUGGGUCAACAGCAGCUGCGCCCAUGUUAAAUUCAUCUUCAAAGGCGACGCUGACGUCUACGUGAAUGUGGAAAACAUUCUGGAGAUGCUUCACAGCCACAAACCGGACCGGGAUUUGUUUGUCGGGGAUAUUAUUGUCAACGCCAAACCCAUCCGCAGACGCAACUCCAAGUAUUAUAUUCCAGAGUUGGUGUAUGGGGGGGGCCUGUACCCCAACUACGCAGGAGGAGGAGGGUUUGUGAUGUCGGGUUUCACCGCUCGGAGGCUCAGCUCUGCUUGCCAGAAGGUGGAGUUGUUCCCGAUCGAUGACGUCUUCCUGGGAAUGUGCCUCCAGCUGAUCGGCGUCAAACCGUAUCGCCACGAGGGCUUUCGGACUUUUGGAAUCUCCCGGCCGUCUGCUGCUCCUCACCUUCAGACGUUCGAUCCCUGCUUCUACAAAGAGCUCAUGGUGGUUCACAGCCUCACCGUUCCUCAGAUCUGGCUCAUGUGGAACCUUCUGCAUGACCCCAAGCUGAGCUGCCACAAAAGGAGCAGCCUGACGUCCAGCUCCUUCAAAUGGAGGACGAAGACGGAAGAGGGGGCCAAAGAGGAGACGGACUACAGUGAGAGGAAGGUGUUUGUGAUGCACUAGAGACGGUCUGGAGCCGUGAAAGCUCAGGGUCUGAGCUGAGUCACAUGAAGUUUAUUCAAGCCAGCAGAUCUUCCGCAGGAAAAAAAAAAAAAAAGUUUGUCUGACUUUCCAUGUCUGACUCCACUCUCAUUCUGUGAGGAUGAACGUGCGUCCAGAUCCUUUUUGAUUAUGGGAUGGCUUUAGUUUUUCAGGACUUUACAAAGUGAAGUCUUGAGAAUGGGAUGUUAGACAGAGACUCAAACAGACGUUAGCAGGUCUAACCUCAAAUCGAUGCAUAAAGAAUUCCUGGGAUUUUUCCUGAACUCUGAAGUGCCUUAAAGUUUAGGAAUUUACCCUUUGUUGUUGUUAGAUGCAGAGCAAAUAGUGUGUGUUUUAUUUCUUGGGUGAUAAUAAAAAUCAUACUAAAGCA